AAGUGAAAACCCAAAAUAAACACAGGAGGUUGAAGUGUUAAACCCUAAACCCUAACUCUCUCGCCGGCGAAUAAAUAGACGUUGCAAAUCACUCGCACAGGAGGCAAUACAAAGUGUGUCUGUAAUAAAAAUGUUGCUCCGUUUGAUCCGGAGAUCUUAUGCUGCUGUUCGCCCUCUAUCAACUGAAGCUUCGACAACAGUGAAGUCCACAAGAUCAGGAGGUGGAAGUAGCAUUACCACUAGUUUAGAAGGUGGCACUAGUACUGCCACAAGUACUCGUGGCAGAGACACACUAGGGAGGAGGCUUUUGAGUUUGAUCUAUGCAAAACGUAGUGCUGUCAUUGCUAUACGCAAGUGGAAGGAAGAGGGGCACCCUGUCCGGAAGUAUGAGCUCAAUCGCAUUGUCCGGGAGUUGCGAAGACACAAACGAUUUAAACAUGCCCUUGAGGUUUGUGAAUGGAUGAGGGUACAAGAUGAUAUCGAACUAUUAUCUGGUGACUAUGCAGUUCAUUUGGACUUGAUUGCAAAAGUUCGUGGUAUGAACAGUGCAGAGAAGUUUUUUGAAGACCUGCCUGAUAAACUGAAGGUCCAGACCACCUGUACUGCCCUUCUCCACACCUAUGUCCAGCACAAGGACACUGCUAAAGCUGAGUCUUUGAUGGAAAAAAUGUCCGAAUGCGGGUUCUUGAAGUACCCUCUUCCUUAUAAUCAUAUGCUUACCUUAUACAUAUCCCAAGGGCAACUAGAGAAGGUUCCAGGCCUGAUUAAGGAAUUGAAGAAAAAUACCUCUCCUGAUAUUGUUACAUACAAUCUGGAGUUGGCAGUUUUUGCAUCACAGAAUAAUGUUGAAGCUGCAGAGAAAGCGUUCCUUGAGCUAAAGAAGGCAAAAUUGGACCCUGACUGGAUAACAUUUAGCACCUUAACCAACAUCUACAUUAAAAGCUCACUUCAGGAUAAGGCAAAGUCAACUUUGAGAGAAAUGGAGAAAAGGAUUUCCAGGAAGGGUCGAACUGCAUAUGCUUCUCUCAUUAGUUUGCAUACAAAUCUACAGAGCAAGGAUGAAGUUUUCCGAAUAUGGAAGGAGAUGAAGUCACUCUUCCGUAAAGUGAAUGAUACAGAAUAUAGUUGUAUUAUAUCGUCGUUACUGAAGUUGGAUGAAUUUGGAGAAGCAAUGAAUCUGUACACUGAAUGGGAAGCUGGUUCUGUGACCAAGGAUACUAGGGUUGCAAAUUUAAUUCUUGCUGCUUACAUUAACAGAAGUGAGAUGGAAAAUGCUGUCGAUUUUCACAACAGAAUGGCGGAGAAAGGCAUAACUCCUAGCUGCACCACUUGGAAUCUUCUUACACGGGGUUAUUUGAAGCAAAAGGAAAUGGAUAAAGUUGUCGAAUUUUUCAAAAAAACUGUUACAAGUGUUUCAAAAUGGGAUCCGGAUGCAAAGAUGGUUCAAGAGAUGUUUCAUGUAGUUGAAGAGCAGGGCGACAUUCAGAUGGCAGAACAGUUACUAGUUACCCUUCGACACGCUAAGUAUGUGAAUACAGAGAUAUAUAAUGCACUUCUCCGAACUUAUGUGAAUGCUGGUAAGAUGCCAAUGAUAGUUACAGAGAGGAUGAAAAAGGAUAACGUGGAGAUGGAUGAGGAAACUCGAAAGUUAAUUGGAAUAACUAGCAAGAUGACUGUAACUGAGGUUCCAAAUGGGGUUGCUUAAGAACAAGGCUGGACUUUCAACUAUGUAAAAUAUUCAGAUUAUGCACAAGAAACUUGUAUCCAAAGCUUCUCUUGUAGCAAUUAGAGUUUUACUAUGCCUCCCACAACAGCUAUAUGUUUUCUAUUUAUAUAUCCAUUGAACAGUUAUUGUAAUAGUUGAUGUAGUGAUUUCAAUUUUCAAUUAGUCAAUCAAUGAAAUACACC